AUUCUGCGCAGCGACAACGUCACCCACGCAGCAAGGGCUCACGAAGGACACUUUUGACAAUUCGCGGUACGCACGCUCGCCGAAGCCGUGCAUCAAUAAGCCACACACAUGUGUUGUGGCUGAUCAUGUCCUAUCUUGCUUUCGUACUUCCAUCAUCGUCUCCGCCACUCUCCUCCGGUCUCUAAGCGUUCGGGAUGGACGCUGUCACCGAGCACUUCUCUAGGAAGUUCAUUGGCGCAGUUGAAGACGAGUGGCAGCUAUAUAGUAAUAACUCGUCGGAUUAUACCAUCGGGCCCACCAUUGGCUUCGGGGCUUCUUCUAUCGUCUAUGCCGCCCUGUACCAGCCCGCGGAGGGCGGCGCCCCUAUACCAUGCGCACUCAAGGUACUCGAUCUCGACCGACUUCCCCCCAGCGCCCUUCGCCUUCUUCAAAACGAGACGCAGCUCAUGUCGCUAUCCAAACAUCCCAAUGUUCUCCGCGUCCGUGGCUCCUGGGUUGAUGGCCACAAGUUGCACAUCGCUAUGCGUUUGAUGAAUGCCGGCAGUGUGGCCGAUGUUAUGCGUUACGCUUGGCCCGGAGGGCUCGAAGAGGAGGUCAUACGGUGCAUCCUCAAGCAAGCGUUGGAGGGAAUCAACUAUUUGCAUAUCAACGGUCUGAUGCACCGAGACGUCAAAGCAGCGAACUUACUCGUUGACGAUGAUGGAACCGUCCUCCUAGGCGAUCUCGGCGUAGCAGCGUUCCUCUGGGACCACGAGGAUUCCCCGGCGCCGCAGACCACUAAAUCACGUAUCGUCAACUUCAACCCGGGGCCACACCCUUCUCACCGACACCCCCAUUCCCAUUCCCGUCCCCAGCAGAAUCCACCGCUACACAGGCCGCCUCUCCUGGGCAAACGCAAGUCCUUCGUGGGUACGCCCUGCUGGAUGGCCCCUGAAGUCAUCAACGGGAAGCAAUACGACGCUUCUGCCGAUAUCUGGUCAUUCGGCAUCACAGCAAUCGAACUCGCGCAGGGCCGCGCGCCACGCUCGCGUAUGGACCCGCAUAAGGUGCUCGUGAUGACUGUUACGGACGAUCCUCCCAAGCUUGAACGGAACACUGGCCCGAACCGUUACUCAAGCGCAUUCGCGGAGGUCGUGGCAAUGUGCCUGACGAAGGAUCCUUCGAAACGGCCCACGGCUGAAGCGCUCCUACAAAUGAGCUUCUUCAAGGGCGCGCGCAAGCCGAGCUACCUGUGCAAUACCAUCCUCCGCGGGAUGCCUCCCCUCACGCAGCGCCAGGAGCGCAGGAAGCAGCCUUCACUUCUCACGCAUGCCACGAUGGAUAGCUGGGACUUCUCGGCGAGCCUCCCCUCCUCCCCCACGACUUCAGUGUUCGGGCGUCAACCUCGUCCAAGAAGCGCGGUGCCGCCUGGGAGCGUGUUUGAAAUCGAGGAUAGCGAGGGCGGCGAUGAACGUGGACCUUCCUUGAUAACGGGCGCUCUGCUGGUCGAAGAUACUGGCGACGAUGCUGCGCUCGAGGGCCACAGCAAGGCAGAGGCGUACGUGCAGCAGGUGCGAGCACAACACCGGAGCAGCCACCCACGGGGCGUGCUUGCAAGAAGCUGCUCUGGAUCGAGCCAGUCAAUACAUGCCGCGCGACGUCAUCUCGAUGACGGCCAGCAUUAUACCAUCGAUUCCAUUGAGGAAGGUGCCGUCGCCAUCCCUGUCGCCGACGGUCAUGCCACGGACGGCGAGCGUGGCGACGAAGGACUCCCCGUCGUUGGCUCAUCCAAGAGCGCUGAGCUUGCGAUGCUACACGUACCCCUGGCCCCGCCGCCGUCAACGUCACCAUCCGGGUCCUCGCGCUCGUCUGUAUCUGGGACUUCUUCGAGUUCCCCGUCCGGUCCGUCGACUCCUCCACAGUCCUUCCUGGGGACCGCGAAAGCGCAGCCUGUGCGCCUGUGGCGGAAGCUCGCGGGCAAGUUUGACCUGGACGCAGACAAGGAGAAGGACCCGGCGUCAGGGUCCAAGCCGCCGACGCCGACGCUGAAGAAGGCGUUUGGAAAUGUGCUCGGUCGGACCUCUAGCCGUACGGUCUCCAAUUCCAAGUCCACGCAAUCUUAAACGACCUUCACGACCUAUGUAUGUUCAGCCAGCACCGGAUACCUCACGGACCACAUCUCUGCUCCAAGUCAUUCUCGUUCCUGCGUUGGUCUCAUGUACUGUAGGUAAUAACUUAUCUGUAUCAUAGGCAGUCCGUAGUCAGUCUGUAGCACAACCCCAGUAUGUCCAUGUACUAGUUGCUCAUCUCCGCGCGACACUUCGCCGCGUUUCACACACCAUAAUUAUACCAUUUCAUUUCCGC